AGUACAGAUCAAAGAUGUAGGUAGAAACGUUACUUGCAUUUCUCCUUCCCGUCCACUUCUAUUUCUUCUGACUCAGUCGGCGAAGUCUUGGCUGCCCCUCAAUUGCACAUGCUGUACAUAUUUUGAGCUUCAUUCCCAAAAACAUACAAGAUUUCAAAUUCCCCAUUCUUACCAAUUCACAUCUCCAACACAAACAUACAGCACACUACACUCCAACAACCAAGUUCCCUGAACCUCAGUACUAAACAAACAAAAUGGCAAACCCCCGAACAGACUUCCCCCCCAUCCGCGCCUGCCUCUUCGACAUGGACGGCCUCCUCAUCAACACCGAAGACAUCUACACCCUCUGCCACAACAUCCUACUAGCACGCUACUCCUCGGGCCCCAUGACCUGGGACAUAAAGUCGCAACUGCAAGGCCGGCCCGCCGCGCAGAGCAUCGCCCUCCUCCUCGCACACUUCAACCUCACCUCCAAAGUCGACAUCGGCACUUAUACGUCCGAGCUGCAUGCCAUUCAGGACGAGGAGUUCCGCAAGGCGGCGCCACUGCCGGGUGUAGAGAGGUUGCUGAAGCAGCUCGAGACGGCGAGGACGGUCUCAAGUGGGAAGAAAGUCCAUGUCGCGCUCGCGACGAGUAGUGGAGAGGGACAUUUCAGGAUAAAAACGGAUCACAUCCUAGAGCUCUUCUCAAUCUUUACUUCCGAGCGGAGGAUUCUAGGGGAUGAUGUCCGUAUCCCAAAAGGAAGGGGGAAGCCGAGUCCGGAUAUCUAUCUCGUUGCGUUGAAUGCUAUAAAUGAUAGUUUGGAGGCUGGAGAGGAGAAGAUUAGGCCGGAGGAGUGCUUGGUGUUUGAGGAUGGGAUUCCGGGGGUUGUGGCUGGGCGGAGGGCUGGGAUGAGGGUUGUGUGGUGUCCGCAUGAGGGAUUGGCUGGGCUUUGGGUUGGCAGGGAGGGGGAGGUUCUUGCGGGGAGAGGGGAGGGUAGUGAGAUUGAUCCCGAACAGUUGGGCGUUGUGGGAGAUGGAUGGGGUGAGCAGAGGAAGACCCUUGAGGACUUUCCGUGGGAGAAGUAUGGGGUUGUCACUAGUGUCUAGUGGGAGAUGAAAUUUGUUGAUGCCAUUUGCCCAGUAAAGAGCAAUAACUUGAAGAUAAAUAUAUUCGCAAUGAAGGGGACCUUUAGCGCAAAGGCGAUGGAUUGAUUAGAUUCCAUUGAUUGGUACGCUCGCUACCAGUCGCUAAAAUAACUGAAAGUAAACAGUGGCA